GCAAAAUUUAUACACGUAAUCAUUAUUGCAUGCAUUAUCAAGUGCAGUGCAGUGUUAUGCGGUCUUGACAAUUUUACAUUUCAGCUAAGAAACCCGAAGAUCAAUACAAAGAUGCCAUACCUCUCCCAAAGUGGACAGGUCAUGGACUCCAGGUCACCAUGGCGUCUAUCAUACAUUCCUGAGCUCUUCUGGGGAGCCGUAAAUUUUAUAUCGCUUUUUUUCAGAACAAUGUUUUCGCCUCAAUUAACGAAUAGAGGCACUGGAUAUACAUCAGAUUACAGACAAGGCCUUACAGGCAACAGCAGCAACGGCAGAGGACCCGGAGGACCCCCUGCCCCGCCCAGGAGAAGAAUGGGAGGAUUUGGAGGCAGACGAUCAGGACCAGCUCCACCACCCGCUGCUGGAGGUGGAUGAGGAAGGUAAAUGCCUUCUCCUUCAGCUAGCUGCAAGGAGUAGGCCGUAGGGCGCCACCAGAAAUAUCAACAGACACAAAAUUCAUUCAGAUGUUCAGGGAGUCUUCCAGACCCAGAUGGCUUGUUUCCGUUUCACCUGCUGGGGAUUAGUUUGUCUCUUGUUGAUUUUUUUUCAUAGAAUAGUUAUUGUUGUUCCAAAGUUACGAGUGGAUAUUUUUUCUGUUCUUGUCUCAAUAGCUGUAUUCAAAACUCAGGAAAAUUGUUGAACCUUAGCAUUGUGUCCUUAAUGUUUCUGUUUUUGUAAACAGAUAGAAAAAACAAACUUCAGCCACAAAUGGUGUCUUAAUGUGCUUAAUGCCAAAUAUAUUUUUUAAGCAGAUGAUCAUGGUAACAAUCAAUGUAGUGGAUUAAUUAAAGUUUGUUGUAUAGUUAGUGCUGCAAAUAUGAAUCAAAUGAUAAAAGUCAUACGAUAAAAAUUAAUACCAAGUUAGCUUAAAACGGGAAUCUACAUGUAUGUGUCUUUGGAUAUGCUUUAACUUGCUAUGUCGUAUGAGUAAUUAUAUGAGUAAUGGUUCAGUAGACUAGGCGUAUAAUCUUUGUGGUCUUUUCUAAAAAAUACAUUGUUCAAGAAGCGCAUGUCAAAAUGCAGCAAGUGCAAUACUAAUCUUACAUUAGAGUGGUUAGAUCUUCUGAACUGAAAACUAAAAAUUUACAGUAUAUAUUUGUUAUUUGAGUUGAAAAUUAUUGUUAAAGUAUGUGCAUGAAUGUUUGUUGAGGAAUUUGACUUUGUUGAUAUUUCUGAGUGGUCCACCAUUGAAUUUAUUGAAGUACACUGUAUCUGACAUAUGACGUCUUGCUAGUAAACUCAAAUACCUGAGGCUGGCUUGACUGAUGACAAACAGCAGGUACAUAUAACAUGUAAUGUCAUACUAUUCUCUCCAAACAACUUUCUUUGAAGAGAAUAUUAUGUAACAAGAUAUUUAUUGAAGUAUGUUUUUAAUUUAUAUUGCAUUAAAGUUAUACAUUUCAAUAUAUAUUAAAUGCAUCAAUAGUAUAUUUGAAUAUCUAAAUUUUCAAAUAUAUAUGGGGGAGGGCAUGGAGAGAGUUUAUAUUUUGUUUUUCUUCUUUUUGUCUUUAUCAUUCUCCACACAAAAAACUACAUCAUCCAUUGAUAAAUUUUAAGAUUGUGAUGUAGUGUACUAGUAAAUCAUUACUGACAUGAAUUUUAGAAUUAUAUGCUAUACAUGAUAUGAUUUUUUUUUAAUGAAAGUGGUGAAAGUGAAUUGAGGUACAUUUAUAGACAAUAAUUUCUUUUCACCCCAUUUUAGCUUCAUUUUACAUUAAUAUACUUUUUAUAUUUGCUAUAUUGUGAAUUUCGGCUGACAAGAAUUUCCUUUUAGAAUGGUUAGCAUGUUAUGUCAAUGAAAUGAGAUGAUAAACACUUUUCUUU